CAAUUUUCAACCGAAUCUGACUCGUUAUUUUUCAACAGUGCCACAAGCAGCCUAAUCGGGCACAUAUGCACUGAUGGGCAUCCGAAAACCGCAGCAACUUCAACCUAUUCACAUCAUCGCAAACGGUUUGCUCCCACCUGAGACCCAUCAGUAGCGUCUAACCGUUUGAGGACGUACUAAUCUUUCCGCAGCAUCUCAGCUCAGGGGGAGGAUGCUCACUACAACGUAACGAAGUCGCACUUCAUUAGUGUUUCAAAUUUCACUCCUGGCGGUUUGUUUUGUGCCGGCGGUCGAAUUUGUGCGCGUUGCAGCUCCCGUGUUUGUUUUAUUUGGGGUUGUUUGGCGAUGAUAUCAAGUGAUGCAGCGGAAUAGAAUAUUGCGCUUUGAAAUAUGUUGAAAAUGUGACUGUAACUAAUUUUCAUUAUUAUGUGAUUUUAGUGCAAAUAUGAGUGCUAUUCAGUUUGGUUGAAUAUUAAAAUUACAAUUUAAUAGAUAAGAGAAGGUGAACAUAUUUGUAGUAAAUAUAAUUCCUGAAACAAACAGUGCAAUUUCGGCUUAUGGAAUGAUUGAAGAAAAAAUAAUCAUCACUCAGAGAAAAUCCACCAUUUCCCGUAAGCAACUUGCCUUCCUAUCGGGUCUCACUGUGGCAUGUCUUUUAACGGUCCUAUCGGUGCUACAACCAGAUCAGAAUAUUUUUUCAGGACAGUACAAAACCGGCUAUAGAGGAGGGUUCCUUCGCCACUCAAAUAACCUAUCCGAAAGUGUACGCGUUCUAUGCUGGAUCAUGACAACUCCGGCAAAUCACCAAAGUAAGGCAAUCCACGUGAAGCAAACUUGGGGACGUAGAUGUAACAAACUGUUGCUAAUGAGUUCCGCCGAAGAUGCGAAUCUUGAGACGAUUGUACUUCCGGUGCAUGAAGGAAGACAAAGUCUGUGGAAUAAAACGAGAGAAGCUUUCCGGUAUGUGCAUGAGCAUCACCUGAACGAGUACGACUGGUUCCUUAAGGCGGAUGAUGAUACAUAUGUCAUCAUGGAAAACUUGCGGUACUUUUUGUACGCUUACUCACCUCAUUUUCCAAUCUACUUCGGAAGUAAAUUUCGUUAUCCACAAUACGUGAAGCAGGGAUAUUUUUCUGGUGGAGCAGGUUAUGUUCUUAGCCGAGAAGCUUUGAAACGGUUCGUCGAACAGAGCUUGCAGGAUCCCGAACACUGUCCAUCGACGUUGGAUACGGAAGACCUUGAAAUGGGUCGAUGCAUGGAGUACGUCAACGUGACGGCAGGCGACUCGCGUGAUCUAUUGGGAAGAAAACGCUUUCUACCGUUAGAACCAGCAUUUCAUCUAACAUCCAAUCCUGCGGAUGACCCAGAUUUCUGGUAUAAAUAUUACUCAUUUUAUGAACCGUUCUACGGAACCAAAUGUUGCUCAGAUCUACCUAUAAGCUUCCACUACAUACAAGGUCCACAAAUGCACGUGAUGGACUAUCUGAUCUACGCAAUGCAUCCAUAUGGGAUAAGCUAUCACAAUCCGCCAUUACCAGCGAAAAAAAGUUUGGAAGAAGCAAUGGAAGUGGCGGAGCCGUAUGCAGCAGGGACUACCUCAGUGCGGACGACUUUGACGGAUAGUUUCGUGACGGAGGUUGAUGGUGAUUUAGAUGACGGAGAGGAAAGUAGCAGCAUUCCGGAAAAUGAAGCCGAUAUUUUCAAUAACCAAGAAAAUUCUUCUGAAUUGGUGGAUCAGUUUGGCGGAUUAAGCAGCGUCAGUAGUAAUAACUUUGAAGUGACUUCGGAGCCUUCAAUUUUAGAUGCUAGCAGGAUGGAUGAUUUCGUGGACAGAAUGAUUAACGAUCAUAGGUUUAUGGACAAAAUACUCGCAAAAUUGAAACAAAGGAAACCUUUAAGUUGA